AAUUCGGUGACGCAAUCGCAAAUUGAAUCACGAGAUCAAUCCUCCUUAACUUGCGCUCCACGACAAAUCUUAUAAGAAUCUGCUGAUCUCUAGGAGCUCUUCUCUCUUCUACCUCUCUCUCUCUCUCUCUCUCUAAGAAUCUGCUCUUACCUCCUUCUUGAUCCUGAGUCAUCGUGUCCUCAUUUUGCUAAUUCAUCAUCGCAAUGUUGCGAAAACCUUUCCAUGGAUGGAGAGUGAAGCAAGAAAUCCAGAAGUUGACGGCCAUUCGCACCCCUUCACCUCGCCAAUCGCCAGGCUCGCCCACUCACCCCACUCCACUCCCCCUCUCUUUCUCUACUGCCAGAACCUUCCACCCACGCCUCACUUUCGUUUUCCCCUCCAAGCCACCACAUUUCCUCUCUCUACAAGCUCGAUGGGCGACGUACUACUCUCGUGCCCCAAAUCCCAAGCUUGAGGUUUCUCCCGCAUGUGAGUUUCACGUAGAAGACAAAGAAGCAAUGAAGUAUGGCGGCAAGGUUAUAGAGGGUGAUCGCCCAGAACAACUUGCUAGUAAGCUUGAGCUCUCUCCCGGACGUGAGUUUCGUGUAGCAGAUGGAGAAGAGCAUGAUUACCGACCAAAAGAAACUAUCUGUUUGGUAAGAAUGUCACUCUGGGAAAGGACAAAGCUGGAGGCUUCAACACUUGUGUAUGAAGUGACGUCUCAGGACGAGGUGGACCGUUUUUAUCAAGAAAUGAGCAAGGAAGUGGAGACACUUCUUCAUGAGCGAGAUCAGUGAGUAUUCUCUUUAUUUUUCAAGGUUUCGUUGAAUAGAUCUGUCCUCUGUUGAGGAUGACACCAGAGUCCAGACUAUGUUGCUUUCCAUUUUUCAUUUUGCAGUUUUAGUUACUUUAACGUCCGGUUGUAGGAGGACGCUACCCGAGGAACUCUCCAAGAGCGUGGUGGUCACGUGUGUGACCGAUGGAGGCAUGUGUGACGUGUUCGUGCUCCGGACGAAACAGAGGUCUCAAGAAUCAUGCAGAGAAAUAGAAGUAAAAUCCGUGACGACUUACGUGCAACCACAGGUGACAUCUGACCAGUACCCUGGUAAUCUGCUUGAACGACUGAGGCUAAAGCGGGAUUAUAAGGUUGUUAAUAAGCUUGAGGUCUCUCCCGGACAGGAGUCUCGUGUAGCAUUUAAAGAAGCAAUGAAGUAUGGUGGCAAGGUAAUACCGGGUGGUUGCCUAGAACUAGUAUUGCCUUCUUUUCCCUUCCUUCUCUAAGGCGUUCAGUUGCUGUUCUAAGUGAUGGCUGUAGAGAGCGUAUAUCGGCUACAACGAUUGAUACUCAUAAAUCAAUGUGAGAGAUGCCUAUUAUGUGAUAGUUAGG